AUGCCAUUUUUAGGUCCAGUUACGCUCGAAGUGAUGGUCAUUGGCAAAAGUCCAUUCUUUUACUCCGUCUAUAAAAGGCAUUUCAACAAUCUUUUGUCUUUCAAUUUAAUUUUAACGUCGCACGAAAUGUUUAGACAAAUCGCCUUCGUCGUCGUGCUGGCAGGUAGUUGUGUAUCUAAAAGUUUUUGUGAAGAUAAAUAUGCAAUAACGACGUUGUCGAAAAUUUGCCAAAGUUCGUUUGCGUACAGUGUGACUUGCUUAAAGUUUCGGGUGGUCUCAUGGAUAGACACACUUGGCAACAGUGAGAGUUAUCCACUUCUUCCUGGAGUGUCAAUAGUUCGUGAAAAUGCUACAUCGGAAGAGUUUAAAGCGGAAACAAAACAUCGGAGUUCUCAAAACGCCCUGGAUAAUCUACUGGCUUCUAAAGUAUCAUGGUUCGUACACUCCCACGCCAUCAAAUUGCACCCCUGGAAUUUUUACCAGAACCACGAAGAAACCCGCGGAAUGAAGGACGGUAAGGGAAAAGGAGGAGACAAAGGGAUGGGAAUGGUUUUGGCGAUGGGAGCAAUGAUGAAGGGUAUGCUGUUGGCUCUGGCAUUGGGCGCUUUGGCAGCUUUGGCCGGUAAAGCAUUAAUGGUGUCCUUAAUAUCUUUAAUGUUGUCAAUGAUAACCGGAUUAAAGAGUCUUGUAGCGGGAAAAAGUGGGAUGACUACGUACGAAGUGGUUGCCAAACCUAUUUACAGUCAAAGUCAUACCCAAUCGGUAUCGCACGAAGAUUUGGGAAGCUACGGUCACGGAAGAAAUUUCGAAGAACGUCAGAUGAGUGGCCAAAAUCACGGAAGACAACGCUAGCGUUUAAUAUAUGCAUUAAGUUAUUCUAUUUUAAAUAUUUAUUUAUAUCUUUUAGUAAUAGGUUAUCGUUUUCAUUGAUCAAUUA